CUGAACAUCAUUCCUGCUCUGUCGCCUGUUUCCUGAACUGCGCAUCACCACCACCAUUCGAGCCUCCAGUCUCCAUCCCCAUUCCCUUUCCCGCAACUACUAGUGUACAACAGCCCGAUCUCGAAACGCCGGAUCUCGAUUGAUAUCCCCUUUGCCGAAUUCCGGAUUCCGAACAACCAGAGAAACAUUCCAAGGAAUCGAAACGACGGGCGGCGGCGUUAACCCCCACACCAGUUCUUCAUCAUGUCGAGUAACAGGAAUUACGAUUUUCUGAUCAAGCUGCUCUUGAUCGGAGACUCGGGCGUUGGCAAGUCCUGCUGUCUGUUGCGCUUUAGCGAAGACUCAUUCACACCGUCAUUUAUCACCACCAUCGGUAUCGACUUCAAGAUCCGCACAAUCGAACUCGAUGGCAAGCGGGUGAAGCUACAGAUAUGGGAUACCGCCGGUCAAGAGCGUUUCCGUACCAUCACGACGGCAUACUACAGAGGCGCCAUGGGCAUUCUUCUCGUUUACGACGUGACGGAUGAAAGGUCAUUCAACAAUAUCCGCACCUGGUUCGCCAACGUGGAGCAACACGCGACGGAAGGAGUCAACAAGAUUCUCAUUGGAAACAAGUGCGACUGGGAGGAAAAAAGGGCGGUUUCCAAGGAACAGGGCCAAGCGCUAGCCGACGAACUUGGCAUUCCCUUCCUCGAGGUUUCGGCCAAGGCGAACAUCAACAUCGAAGAGGCCUUCUUCAGCCUCGCCAACGACAUCAAGAAGCGCAUCAUCGACACAUCCGGCAAAGAGGCUUCUGGCGGCUCGUCGGGCGUGAACGUCAGCGACAACAGCGGGUCAGGAUCCGGCGGCAAGUGCUGCUAAGCCAAACGGGUAUCAGUUGUGUGGCGGCGGAACCCGACCCCGGAGCUCGCGGGGAAAAAAAAAGGCCCACUGACAAUCACGAUGGCGAUACGAGAUCCGAUUUAUCCUCCCCAAGUAUGGAUGACAGCAGUCUGGCCUCAUUCAGUUCUAUCUUGGCUACAGCCUACGUCUAUCGAACAUGCACCUGUCUUCCUGCGGGCCACCAACAUGCACGGCCGGGUCUACCGCAUGGAAACAAAGAGGCGGUGUAGGGGAGAAAGAAGGUAUCUUCGGUCACAAGACUUUAUUAUGGCUGUCAUGAAGCUAAAGUCCAAGAGGAAAAGACGGCUUUAGUUAUUCUGGAGGGCUCAUUGAAAACCCCUUUCUUGUCACUCGGGAGCAGCAGGGAGGAGCGGCGCGGAUGAUGCGACGCGUGCUCAUUUUCCGCUUAUCGCUAUUGGGUCUGUUAUUAUUGCGCUGUAGAACCAGUGGAUGGUAGGAUGGAUAGGCUAGGGAGCUGAGGACAUCAACGACGAUACGGAGACAUGUGAGUAUUACGACCGGCUUGAUCGAUAUAGAUGGAUUGAGGUUGGGUUGGCAGCAUGGACGAGGGGCAGAGAGCGAAACGAAACAUUCUGGUCACGGAGUUUGGGUGCGAUCUUUGGCUCUUCCUAAUAUAUUUCAUUUUCUUCUCUCUUGACUGUUUCCCCUUUGUUCUUCUCUUUCUGGUUUGUAGAUUUCGUGCGCAGCCCCCCCCUUCUAGCUGUAUUUCCAAAGUAUGACGAUACGACACCCAUAAAACAAAACAUAGAUAGAUAUUCCCUGAAAAGAUGGGGACGCCCUGGUCAACCAUGGCUAGUGUAGAGUAUCAAGACGUAUGACGUGAGCGAUAACAUUGUUGACAU